UCCGAACCAGAAGUUGGGUGACAAGUCUCAGUUCUCUUCUCCAUUUCUCUCUCCUGGUUUGCCUUUUUGCGCCAUCCAUCGCUGCCAUCAUUCUAGCGUCUCGUUCAUCAGAAUUGUGGAAUCUUCCGUAUUUCGAUUAAUUUCAUUCUAAUUUCUGUGAUUUUUUUUCUUAAUCGGAGAGAAAUGGACUCCAAUUCAUGGAUCAAUUGUCCCUCUGUUUUCUCCUCGUCCUCUUCUUCUUCGCGGCGGUAUCAAUCCCGAUCAGAUUUGUAUCUGGGAGGAGGGUACGAGGAUUUCGAAGGGGAUGACGAUCUGAAGACGGAAUUUAUCUGCCCCUUUUGCGCAGAGGAUUUUGACAUCGUUGGGCUUUGCUGCCAUAUCGAUGAGGAGCAUCCCGUCGAGGCCAAGAACGGGGUAUGUCCUGUCUGCACAAAGAGGGUGGGAUUGGAUAUUGUUGGCCAUAUCACAACACAACACGGCAACAUCUUUAAGGUGCAGCGAAGGAGGAGGUUGCGUAGAGGUGGAUAUAGCUCUGCUUAUCUUACGCUGAAGAAGGAAUUGCGGGAGGCGCAGUCUCUCCUAGGUGGAUCGUCCAAUUUCGGUCCUUCGACAAACAUAGAUUCUGAUCCGCUGCUUUCAUCUUUUAUGUUCAACGCUUCUCCAGCAAACGAGUCGGGAAGCCGGUCUGCUACUGCAUCCAUGACUGAAGGGGCCCCAGCAACAAAAGCCGAUUCACAUAAGCAAACCCAUGAAAGAGACAUCGGGGACCAAGAGAAGGCAAGAAAGAGCGAGUUUGUCCGAGGCCUGCUGAUCUCAACCAUGUUUGAAGAAGACGUCUAAUCUCGCUAAAGCCUUUUCUCAUGGCAGAGGAGUUGCUUGUGAAAGUAAACCGAGGUGGGAGACCACGGCAGAGGGUCUAGGCGAAUGCAGAUUGCAGAUCAAACCUUGUAGUUUAGGAGGAGUUACCCCAUAUAUUAUAUUAUCAUCACUGUACUUGGGAAUUUGUAUCUGCUUUAUGAUUUAGGAAAAUGGAACUUUCAUUCA